AUGUAUGAAUGUCUCUAUGGUUACACGCCGUUCGCCUGCGACGACCGCCACCAAACCAAGCUCAAAAUCCUCUCGCACAAAAAGACGCUUAUCUUUCCGCAGCCGCAGGACAUACCAGAACCGAGCAUCGAAGCAUUGGAUCUUAUAAUGUCGAUCCUUGUGGAGAAAGAGAAACGGCUCUGCAGCCGCCAGUACCAGCUCAAUGACUAUUGUCGAAAGAUCCAGGGUGGCAGAAUCAUCCGCCAGGACGCGGACAAGACUCAUCACGACUACCAAGGGCAAUUUGUUUACGAGGGAGACGCGGAAGACAUCAAGCGCCAUGCAUUCUUUCGAGGAAUUGACUGGGAUACCAUUCACCUACGACGACCGCCAUACAUUCCCCGCGUCAAAGGCUGGGAAGAUACCAAAUACUUCCAGGAAGAGGAACCAAUCUCCGACAUCGAUACUGCGACCACUGUGGAAGAAGGACCGGCCCCCGGCAUGGAAAAUUCAGUUCAGCCAUCGAAGAGCAAAUCCACUCUAGCCAGCCAACAUCAACAGGAAGGUCAGCACAUCAUCCCUUCAGUGGGCUUGCAGUUCGCUCCGCACCAAGAUGGCCCUGUCCCGGCUGCUGAUCUCCGACCUGUGAAAGGCUUGAAGCAUCCUCUGAUGCCAGCCCUUGUGAACGGGGCUCCUAGCACUGGAGCCACACUAGUCGAAAUUGGUGGCCACGCUGACGCGCCCACGGAGAAUGGCGCGACCGAAAAUACCAAGCCGAAGCCGAGAAGAAAGGAAAAGAAGCGGCCAAGGGACAUCAUCUUGCGAGACCCAGUCACAGGUCCGCCAGCCCUCGAGAUGCGGAAACAUGGCGCAUUCCUGGGCUACGAGUAUCGUCACCCGGUUACGGCCAAAGACAUUGUUGAGCAGAUACUUGCCGAAGAUUUGUCCAAGGCCAAAUACAAAGAUUAUCGGCUGGGUGGUGAUGGGCAGGAUCUGGAUUUAUCCUUCGAGAGGCGAGUGUACGUGGAUUCAGGAGGACACAUGACACCGCACCACAGGCCGGUCCAGCAGAUGCUGAGGUGCGAGCAUAACAUCUUUGGGGUAUAA